AUGCAAGAAAUGGAGGAACGUCUCAAUCAACUUGACCAUUCAGAUAAAAUGAAAGAAUCAUUGAAGGAGACGUCUGCCAAACAAGAACGGGAAUAUCAAGAGCUGAAAAAGCAGUAUGAAGACAAGGAUUUACAUUUCCGUAAGGCAUUAGCAACAGCCAAAAAAUUAAAAUUUCAACUCCAACAAUCUACUAGCAAAAAGGAAGACAUGGAAACCGAAAUUAAGUCUCUAAGGGCUGAACUGGAGAAGAAAGGACAUUUCGAAAAUGAAUCUAAUGACAUCAAAACGGAUGCUGGUACUGAAGAGAAAAAAAGUCUUUUAGUAACCGAGCUUAAGCAGAAAAUUAUGGCGGAUGAAUCAUCAAUUCAUAUAUUAGAAGAGAAACUAACAGCUGUAGAUGAUUUAAGUCAGAAACUGGCUGAAUGUGAGGACUUGUUAAUGACAAGGGAGAAAUAUUUUGUUGUGAUUCAGGAAGAACUUGAAAAUCGAAUAAGCGAGUUGAGUUCACUGAGCCUGAAAUUAACCAAUAGUGAUAAAACUAUUCAGGAUUUAGAAACUGCAAAUAGAAAACUAAAUGACAAGCUACACAUGGAAACAGAGAGGCUGACUGAGAACAUUAUUGAAGCCGAAUCUCAGAAAUCAGAGAUGCAUUCUCAGAUGGUUACACUAGAGGAAGAAAAGACGCAAAUACAAGGCUUGCUUCAAGACAAAUCUGAAGAAUGUGUGAAUUUACAAGCACAAACCGACCAGAAAAUUGAAGAUUUACACCAGGAUUUACAAAACAGCACUAACCAUGAAUCAUCAUACAUUAAGGAAGAGAGAGAGCAUGCAAUAAGAGAAAAGGAGACACUGCUGAGUAAUAUACAACAGCUAAAGAAGAAGUGUGAAGAUCUUGCUCAGAAUAAUUCUAACAUUAGUGACGAACUGCUGGCAUCCGAGGGACAGAUACAACAACUUAAAUUUGAUAAUGGGACUUUGAGGGCUCAGUUAGGCAUUUCACGUGGUGGACAGAUGCAGAUGGACAACUUUCAUGCAGACUAUCGACGACUUCAAGGACAUUUUUCAACAGCCAUGGAUCAGAAAAACAAAAUACAAAUCGAACUCAACCAAAUGGCUCAUCGACUUCAGCAAAGAGCUGCAAGGUGCCAACAAAUGGCUAUGCAGCACCAUGCCCUGGAGAAGUCGCUGCAGAUGGAGAGGGAACAACGACUCCAGCUGGAGGAGGCCCUGAACACUAUGCAGGAGUUGGCCCGGCUUGUAGCAGAAAAUAAGCAGAUCAAUCUCCAAAUUGAAGAUGAUGAGGAGAGAAUCCUAGAAGCAAGUCCCAUGCUGAGCGGACUAGGGACAGAUAAACUAUUUAAGGUUGUAAGAUUUAGGCUAGGAACAUAUAAACUAUUUAACGCUGUAAGGUUUAGGCGGACUAGGAAGAGAUAA